AUGGAGGAGGAGGAUCUUCCAACAAAAGCGCGAGAAUCGGUUCUGGCGGUUGACCACCCAAAUCGGCUAUCCCCAGAGCUUUGGGACUCGAUAUGCCGAGACUCGCAGCGAUUCUUGGGCCAGUUUUGCCCCGCAGAGUACCAGGGAGCUCAUGGGAGGCAGUUUUUGACCACAGCUGAAGUACAGACCUGCAUUUGUCUCUUCGCUUGGGCCAGGCACCAGGGGCGAAGUCUGGGCUUUGGCACGUGCCCCUGUCUGCCAUACUCUACGCCUGCUGGGUUCAACGGUAUCAACCGGGCAGGAGGCCCACUGCUUUGCCCUUGCAAGAAGUGA